AGGAGGAGGAGGAGGAGAAGAAGAAGAAGGAGAAAAAAGAAGAAGAAGGGGAGGGUAAAGCAAAAGUUGAGUUGUUGGACAAAGACGUAACGAGACUUUGAGAAGAGAGUUUUGGCGAGCCGAAGACACUGAACUUGGAAUGAUUCUCGGAGCUUGCUCACCUAUAAGCCGACUACUGGAAGGAAGUUAAAAUCACGUUGGUGUGAAUCUAAAUAAAGAACUAUGGAGAGGAGAGAGUGAGAAAAAAGAAAAGAAAGAAAAAGAGAGAAAGAGAGAGAGAAAGAGAAAGAGAGUGGGGAGGCAUCGUGUUCCAAGAGGGAUACGAGUGUAAGAAUGGUAGAGAGAAACGCGUGCAACAACAGCGGUGGUGUUGGUGGUGUUGGCGGCGGUGGCGGCGGCGGUAGCAGCAGCAGCGGCAGCAGCAGCGGAAGCAGCAACAACAGCAACGGGAACAAGAUCAACGCAUCCCUCAAUGGCGUAUCAAGCGUUGUCCGUGAAGGUGGAGUCAAAGUUACAGUUAUCGAAGAAGCCGUUGGACUUGAGGAGGAAUUGACGAGUUUACGCCGUGCCAGUAGCGCUAAAUUUUCUCUAUUCAAGUGGUUUAAACGAGCCGGCAGUCGGGCUGCCACGUUUGAGAAGAGAAGAAAGAUACUCGAUAAGAUCGCUGUUGGAGAAGAAAAAGAAGAAGAGGGAGGUGAGGGAAGAGAGGAAGAGGAAGAAGAAGAAGCAGGAGAAGAGGAGCAGGAGGAGGAGGAGGUGGAGGAGGAAGAGGAAGAGGAUAGAGGACGACAACGUAGCGUUUCCUCGAGCGCGGAAAGUGUAGAAACGUUCUAUAGUACUACAACGGUACGAAGCUUCGCCUUUCACAGCGGUGGUCUCAUCACGGGUAAAGAAUUGUCAUUGGGUAUUUUGAAGCAGGCAGCCGAAGUAGGUCCCUUCGCGGCUGGAGCCUCGAAAUUGGUUGCUAACAAAGAGAACAACGUCGCGGAUGUCGCCUCUACGUUGCCAUCUAACGCCCAUUCUCGCAGAAGGGAUAUCACCACGAGAUAUUCCCUUCAACCAACUAAAACAAGUUACUCUUCGUGCGGCAAUUUUCCUUUACCGGAGAAGAGACCACUUUCCGGCACCUUGAGAAGAAUUCAGGAUAAGGAUUCGAACGGCGAAGUUAUCGUAAGGCGUAAGGUACACGUUAAAGGUAAAAGAAGAGCACCGAAUCCUCCAGAAGUAUCGAAGAUCAUCGAGGUCGAUGUACGGGUGGGACAAUCAAAAAAUAGCAACAGACGAAAGAGACGAGCGCCGAGACCACCUGAAAAUAUUGAGACUUCCGAGAGUUCUUUGUCUUUAGAAGUUCGAGAGAAGCCAACUAUCGCCGAUGGUGGAAUGGACUCGGGAAAUAAGGAAGAAGAGGGACAAGUAAUCAGCAACGAUACCUUGAUAUUGCAAGGCGGCGUUCUACAUUCGAAGAAGGACUUAGAAAAACAAAGUCCGAAACUUAAAAAGGAUCGAAUAGUUUCUAAUAAUUGUUGUGUCGGUGUUAUCAAUAGUGCUGCCGGUUCUAGCUCGACACGAAACGAUACGUUAUCGCAGGAUUUGACGAACUUUCGAAACGUUGGUGACACGGGAACGCUUAGCACCGCCAUGCCGCGACCUUGGUACAAACGAAGCGUCUUCGAACAUUCUCGGGAUUCCACGUCGUCUCGAAAGGGCGAUGUACUUCGUGCAUCCGCGGCUAUCGGCUCGAUGGACACCAAGGAAGAAUGUGUCGGUGGUGCACAGGCGGUAUCGUCGAGUCUUACCACGACUACUACUUCUACUUCGGCUUAUUCCAUGGAUGCUUCCCUUUCUAGAUUGAGUUUCUUUCAUCGUGGUGAACGACAGAUGGAGGAAAGAAAACGUGACGUCAAAAGAAAAUCUGGAUUAUCCAUCCUAACUAACAUAAGCGAACUCGACAAAGAGGCUGCUGCCAUCGUCCAGGAAGAACAGGCACGAGCACGUGCCUCUAUGCUCUUGAAAUCCUCGAGAUUUACCGAGGCUUAUGAAAGGACAAGCGAUGUCAAUGAAGAACUCGUUCAGGACAUGGUAACGUCGGCGAUGGAAAACUCCUCUCCGAAACAACGCGGCACCCGAGCAUUGAUAUCAAAAUUCAACGCGAUAAGUAAUAUUACAAAAGUCACGGUCAACACAAAUUUCUUCGCAAGAAGGGAUCAGCAAGGCUCGAAAUUCGAACAAGACGUUAUCAGAAAGACUAGAUUCGAACAAACCGAUUGGAAAGAAAAUUCCAAAUUUUCACGCGUUGGUCAAGCUAAUGCGCGAGUCGAGAAGGAUAUAUCCAAGUAUUUUUUGCCGCAGCAACAGCAACAGCAACAGCAACAGCAACAACAGCAACAGAAAACAACGACCAGAGUCGAGAACAAAGAUACAGAAAGAAAAGUAGUACCUGAGAAUAAGUUUACUCCAAGAAAGGAUAACAACGAUCGUCUGAUAAAAGAGACUUCCAGUAGAAUAUCGUUCCUACAAAGCCAGCUCGUUGCAAAUCGAAUGAACGAACCUUUAACUUCUCGGACGGAAACGGUGGUGCCCUUAAUGGAAGAAAAAAUGAAAUCUAAACAGGAAUGUGCCAACGAAAUAAGGGAAAAGGAAAGAAAAAUGGAUAACGUUAUUUCCGUAGGCGGAUACUUGUUAUCUCGUCAGCGUGAUUCUAAUCAAGUUGAAAGUAUAGAAAAUGUUUUAUCCAAAGAAUCGAGAAAACAAAACGAUCGUAACGUAGAAGCAAAUGUGCAAAAAGAAUUCACGAAUAUAUUCGAUAAAAUUGAUAAACAGUUACGUACUACGAAGGAAUUGAAACAUGCCGAUCAAUUAACACCAAUUUCUAAUCUCGAAGCAACCAAAGAGAGAGUGAUAUUACCUAUAGAAGAGGAGAAAAACGAAGGGAGGGAGAAGGAGAUAGAAAAGGAGGAAGAAGAACAAGAAGAAGGAGGAGGAGGAGAAGAGGGAGGAAGAGAAGGAAUAUCGAGUAAAGUGACUAAAGUCCUUGACAUCCUCGUGGAAGCUGAGAAAGAUGGGAAAGCAAAGAAGGCACUUAUGCGAUCAACGAAAUCGAUACCUAACGUAGAUGAAACUAAUCGUAAAAUCGAAUCGGACAUGACUAAAUUGAAAUCAUCGAACAGCAAGAUAUCGUCGGCGUCAUUGUUGAACACUAUCGAGGAUCAGACUACGACGGAUUUGAAGGAAAUGUUGAAAGAAAUGAAACAUUCCUUGCCAAAACGUCCGAAACCAAAGAAACGUUUUAUCGAGGAAGGAUUAACUAAUUUUAUGGUCAAAGACGUCUUACCGAGUACAAGCAAGAUUUCUUAUGUCGCAAAGUCAGUGUUGAAGAAGGAAGCGACUCCAUUAACCUCAACCUCUCAGAUCGAUUAUGAGAUUGAAAAGCAAAAAGUUUCUUCGUCCUCUCAAACCAGCGGAAAUCUACGACGAUUGAAUCAACCAUCAACGUCUGCAGGAUGGAAACAAGAGGAUGUGGUUUACAAAACAUCUGGCAAAGCUGUGUCAGGCUUAGCUCUAGCUAAAAACACAUUUCAAUUGAUUCGUCCUCGUGAUUUCGCUGUGAUCGAAGCUAUCAAGACCACCAAGGGACAACACAAGGAAAACACUUACGCGAAUGUAAUCGAACGAUCGCUCUACGCUAACGCUCUUGUUCAUCCCUCGACUAAGCAGCAGCAGCAGCAGCAACAGCAGCAGCAGCAACAGCAACGUGAUGGGGAUCUUUCACGUAUCAAGGGAGACUCUGUGAGUGGCCGAGGAUUACCGACUAUUUCACCCUCGAACGAACGAAAAUAUCUACAGUAUGACGACGAACCUAAAGAAGAAGACGUAUCCACCGGUAACAUGAACACCCUGGCUAUAAAUCGUUUGUUAAGAAAAUUAGAGGCAGCCAUUGCUUCCGGUCAUCAUCAGCAAGCGGCAGGAUUAGCAAAGGAACUCGCACGAUUAAAGAUUCAUUGUUCCGUGAUACGACAACGUACGGCACGUCUAAAGGAUCGAUCGAUAAAAGUUAAUAUGUACAUCGAAGACAAACUAGCUCACCAAGGUCCUAUACCUCUUCAGUUACCAACGAGGAUGACUGUCGCCGAAUUGAAGACGAAAGUCUACACCGAAUUCGAAAUACCAACGAACGUACAACGUUGGAUUAUUGGGAAAAAUUUGGCUGAUCGCGAUGAGGCUACCCUUGAAGAAUUACAGGCGGUCGAUGGCUCACCUAUUUUCUUAUAUCUCGUUGCACCGGAAUUGCAAAAGGAUUCCGUAGUGCAGGCAGAGAAAUCAAACUCCGUGGAGGAACUUACGAAGGUUGAGAAGGAAAUACGUCAACCGGAAGAAAAAGUAAUAACGGAGAAGGAGGAAGUUAAACCGACUACUGUCACUCGCUAUGAAAAACAGAUUGAGCCAGAUGAAGAACAGACGCCUGAGGAAGUGAAAAUGGAACGAUACGAAGAACUCAUCUCGUUGGAGAAUUGCGAUGUUAUACCAAAUUCCGAAGCUAUCGAAUGUCCAAUAUGUUUCGUAACAUAUGGUCCACGAGAGGGUGUUAUUCUCAGAGAUUGUUUACAUAUGUUUUGCAAACUUUGCAUAGCUAACACAAUAAAAUAUUGUGAAGAAGCGGAAGUAAAGUGUCCUUACAGAGACACCGAGUAUACGUGUGAAUCGACGCUUCAAGAACGCGAGAUAAAGGCGCUCGUCGAAGCGGAAGUAUAUCAGCAACACCUAGCCAAGUCGAUAGCACAAGCAGAGAACAACGCUGGAAACAAUGCCUUUCAUUGCAAAACACCAGACUGUCCUGGUUGGUGCUAUUACGACGAUGACGUGAACAAUUUUCUGUGCCCUGUAUGUGAUGUAAAUAAUUGUCUAACGUGUCAGGCCGCACAUACCGGUAAAAAUUGUAAACAAUAUCAACAAGAGUUAAGAUUGACGAAAGAAACCGAUCAAGAAUCUCGAAGGACAGCAGCAAUGCUUGAAGAAAUGGUCGACAGGGGUGAAGCAUUGGCGUGUCCUACUUGUGCAGUCGUUCUCAUGAAAAAAUGGGGUUGCGAUUGGUUAAGAUGUUCCAUGUGUAAAACAGAAAUAUGUUGGGUUACAAGAGGACCACGUUGGGGACCAGGAGGAAAGGGUGACACAUCCGGAGGCUGUAGGUGCGGAGAAAAUGGAGUCAAGUGUCAUCCUCGUUGCAAUUACUGUCACUAAGAACCAUCGGAAGAGUCUGCAAUUGCCUUGCCAACGGACAAACACAAUGUGCCUAUCUAUUCAAAGCGUAUAUACCACUGGUACUGAUGGUUCUAACGACGUUAAAGAUUCAAAAUAAUUUGUUAUUGUACGAUUUCCGAAAGAGAAAGAGAGAGAGGGAGGAGAGAAAGAGGGAGGGAGAGAGAGAGAAAGGGAGAAACAAAUAAACAGAGAGAGAGAGAGAGAGAGAGUUUCUCUAAAAUCAACCUCAUCCUUUUGAAUUAAUAAUUAAGAAAAUUUGUAAUAAAUGAAGACAUCACUAUGGAAAAUGCAAACGAA